AACAGGAAUGUGACAAACAGCACCUGCAAGGCUGUCUUCUUCUAUCUCUGAGGAUUGUUUUAAUUCCUCCUUAUGAUUGCCCAGGCCGCUUUCUCAGGUGAGACUGAGAAAGUUACGUGGCCUGCUUUUCCACAGGCACUGUGCUCCCUGCUUCUGCUCAUAUUUAGCAUCCAUAUGUGAGCAUGGAAACAGUUGAUUAACAUUUUCUUUAUUAUUACUAAUAACACAUAGGAAGGUUUAUUUCAAGUUUUAUGUGUCUCUUUCCUAUUUCUUCAAUACUGUGGGAAAUGAAAACUUCAACUUUCUGUUAUUAACCAUGUUUUCAAAACCUCUUAUCACUGCUAUCCACUGACCUCCUCUUUGUGUAUGUUCUUCUUGCUCUGUUGCACCUUGAGAUGAAGAUGUAAUUCCAGCUGAAUUUGGUUCCUCUGCCAUUCCUUACAGUUUAAGAUUGAGUGGAAAGCAACACUAAAUGAUCUUGCUUGCAGUGUGCUGUGGUAGAUGCCAGCAAGAGUGGCAGUGGCUGCUUGGGGUUGUGCUCAUGAAUUUUUAUUUAUCCAGCUUCACAGUCUGGUGGGGUGGGUUUGUUGUGGAAAAAGAAGUCAGGGGGUCAUAUUGCAGUGAGUCUUCUCUGUACGUCUGCAGCUCAGGGUUGGCACUACAGACACCGUUCUUUAUGGUGUUAUACAAAAUGUUUAGUAACUGUUGAAGUUGACAAACAGGUAUUUCUCUCUGUAGUAACAAAAAUGUCUUCCAGUUAUUGGCUAAUAAAUGUGAAUGGAGAAAAGUGUUCCACUGUUGCUGUUUUCUGUUUGCCUUUUAAGAGCUUUUCCUGUAGCGCCGGGAACUGGGGGUGUGUCUUGUCUUCAUAGGUUGUGUUUUACUGCCUCUUGUACCAUCCUCCUCCAGUGGAUGUUCCUUUUGGAUGGUGUCCCCUGCCUUGGCCCAGCCUGGAGUCUGUUCCUGCUGUGCCAGGGGUCUUGGGUGCCUCUCUGGGAAUGGGCCAUGCUGAGAAGAGCUGGAGCGUUCAUGGCACUCCCAGCUGCUGUGGAUUUGUGUCUGGGGGCCCUUUGUGAGUGCCAGGGCAAACUGUGCUUUGUGCUGGCAAGCUGCUCUCGUUCUCUUGGCUGCUGUGGUGUCUGCCCAGCUCAGGGAUGUGCGUGGGCACUGCCAGGAGGGAGCAGGGGAAAUAUUUCAGGUCCACCGGUUUCUUCGCACUGCGGAAUUUUAUUGCAAUCUGACCUUCCUGUGGUUUGAUGAACCUGGCUUUGUAAAGUAUAUACAGGAAGGUAUCUGGAUGAUGUUACUUUGCCAUAAAAUAAAGCCUAAGUACAAAUAAAAUAUAUGCAGAUUUGUUUGACUCUUUAAAGCAGAGCUGGGAGUUUUAAGUGCAGAUAAUGCUUCCUGUGCCUGGUCACUCUUUGGACUGUUCUUGGUACUCAAGGAGCAUUUCUUCUACUCCUUGUUUUGCACCACAAAUUUCUGAUCAGUUUUCAAAGCAUGAUCUCCAUAGAAAUUUCUCUGUCUUAUAUAGAAGAUUCUCCCAGUGAAUGACUUUCAACCCAAAUAAUUGAUUCCUUCGUUUUUAAAGAUCUGUUUUACUAAAUGCUAUUAGAAAACUGGCCUCCACCUUUAAGAAUAUCUUUUGUGUACUGGUUAAUAUUGGACCUUUGCUUGGCAAACUGACUUUCAGACGUUUUCAAUAAUGUGAGCAAAGUAGUGCAUGGUCAUCUUUUUGGUAUGUUGUGUCUGUGAAUAGUAUCUCGUGUUCCCUAUCUUUAGACAACAUCGUGUCACAUUGGGGCUAGGGGGAACUGUUAAUAGAUCAGCUGCAAGGGAACUGAACUAAAUACCAGCAGGUUGUAACCUGAAUUCUAACUUGCUGUGUUUGGUCUGUACCUUUGAACAAAUGACAUUACAAUUUUCUGUUGGUGGUGUGUAUUGUCAGUGUCUGGAGUCUCAUAGUUCCUGCACAAAGUGCUAAAUAAACUCUGCACCACUGUAUUUCUGUUGUCACCUUUAAAUAAAGCCUCCUGUGAACAGCAACUUUUCUCUCCUCACUUCUUAUUCCUUAUUUUGGAUUAUUGUGCAGUGAAGUAGCUUUUGUACAAAAGCAGAUUUGGGGCAAGAUGUGACACUGAGGGGGGAGCCUGGUGUGGGGCAGGAGCUGGUGUUGGGCUGCAGGUGACACUGAGAGCUCCAGGAGGAGGAACACCAGCGAUGCCAUCACUCCUGGAGCAGGCACUGCAUCUCUUGGGAAACAGCUCUGCCUCCCUGGCCUCUCCAGCAAUAUUGACUUGAACCUGGGAUUUUCUUCAACGUUUUCCUGCAUUCCCUGAGGAGAUACACGGCCCUGGAGCAGGGGGAAGAUAAAAAAAUAUACAAAUGGUCCUGUGAACUUCUGUCCGGACCCUACUGCUGGAAUUGACUGCCACCAGAAACCUCCAGCUUGGCAAUAGACACCUGGAUUUGUGUUUGUGGGAAGAAAAAAGACCUGUUCAGUCUCCCACAGUGUCUGCACUUCUCUGCUUGCUUCUGUCACUCUGCUUUGGUGCUACAGGUGGGACAUUGUUACAGAAAUACUUUCUCUGAAACCAUCGAAAUGUUGGGUAUUUUUGGAUAUUCUGAUGAAGUGGUUCAGUAUGAUGGCAAAUACAUUCUCUCCAAAUGUUGUGAUUGAUACCUGUGUGCUCUGUUCACCAUGCCCACGGUGGAGGCAGGCUGUGAUUGUUGUCAGCUGUGAUUUCAGGAGGAUGAUGGUGUUACACUUUGGUUUUAGAGGAUUGUCAGUUAUGGGUGACUCCAGGCCAGGUUUAAGUAUCCCUUAGACACUUGUGAAGGCACUGAUGUGACCCAGAACAAUGAUGUUACUGUUAUCAACUGAUGCCUUUUAGCACUGUUAGAACUUUGUGGUUGGAAAGAACCUUGCUACCAGAAAGGCUGGUGUCUACCUGAGCACUUUUACUGCAAGGUUUUUUUGGAAAUGUGCAUUGAGUUUUUCAUGUUACACAGAAAAUUCUGCUCCUUCUCCUAUUCCAGAAAACUCAGGUCUGGUUUGUCGUUUAUCAUGGUCUAGUCAUGCAUGCAAAGAUCUGUGAAAUAUUAAAAAAUCAUUGCUUUAUCUGAGUGUCUGCAAUAGAAAGUUUCUGUAACAUUUGUUUUUCAGGCUGCAGUGAGAGAAUGCAGGUUGUGCUGUGUGUCCAGACAGUCCCUGGGAGGACAGGGAGGAUUUCUGGGGGUCCUCAUGCUGUGUUUGGGGUCUGGGCUGGUGUGUAAGGGAAGGAAGAGAAUCAGAGCAUCCCAUGGAGUGUGCUGGUCCCACAGAAAACACAUCCCAGCACCUGGAAAUGGUGGUAGAGCUUGAAUGGAUACUGAGCUUGCUGCUGCUUUCAGAUUUCCUGGGAAGGCAGAGGUGGAAGUGAAGGUGUGAGAGAACAGCUGCACCUCAGCCUUGCCCAAAAUCCCUUUAAACUGCUGUGUAGCACCCUGAAAUUAGUCACUGACUUGGUCCUGGCUUAUAAAUGCUGAAAUAAGAUUAAGAUGGCAGUUAAGAAAAUAAAAUUAAGCUUCUUGAUAUUUUCCUGAGAGUUCAGAAACCCCUGCUUUUGUCUGAGGUUGGAGUAAAAACAUCCAGUGCUUAACUUGGAAAAGAUCUCAGCAAUAGUAAACUCCAGAGCAUGGCUCGAUGACUUAAGGAGCCUUGCAUGGAAUAAAUAAGAUUUGUUUUCCGUGGCUGUCAUUAGGAUUGGCUGGAAAGGAUUAUCAUGGAUGACUCAAAGCAGAUGUUCUCCAGUAAACUUUGGAGUGAAUUAGUCUGUGCCAGUCAGCCCUCUCAACAGGGGAGCAGCACGGGAGGAUUUGGAAAUGACUUCUCAAUUAUUUUGAGCUGUUUGCUGCAAGCUCCUAAAUGGGGAUCCUGGAAGUUGUUUUAUUGAGGGGCUGCAGUGUGAGCACAUAGAAACUGAAAUGCAAAUUGCUGAGGCAGUUACAGCCCUGCUCAGUGUCCAGAGGGGCUGCUGAACUCCCUGUGCUGCUCUGCUCUGUGGCACUUCACCUGUCUGUUCUGCUCCCAGUGAGCAUCUUCAGCAGCUUUUGUGUUAAUAAAUUAUCAUUCCUGGUGCUGCUCAAAGCAGGGUGGUGUCCUGGCAGGUUCUGUAACAUGAAUGUCACUCUGGUUAUGUGACAAUGUAUGAAUUUUAUUGUAACAGUUGGUUUAAGGUGAAGAUACUGGUGUGCAGGAUGGGUGUGCUGCUGUUAUCCCUGUGGGUGUCUUCUCAUGGAAUACAUGAUACUUGGGAGGUUUUCUUGUUUCUAUCACUGUUUAACUGCACUACAAGAAAUUUCAUAGUCUGUGUUAUUUUAAAAUAGGCAAAUAUGAUUUUUACUGUAAGCUUCUCUUUAUUGCACUUUGGAUGAAACAUUCUGAGAAAACUACACACGGGGAAGGAGGGAGAAGUUGUUGAAUGUGUUUGAACAUUUUAUGUAUUUAUUUUCAAAGAAUCAGGCUUCCCUACAGGUCAAAAAAAAAAGGAAAAUGAGAGGAGCUGCUGGCAGUUGUGUGGAGUGUGAGAUGUUCGUGCUCUGCUCAGCAGUUGCUCUGUGACAGCACGUUCUCAAUUGGAUACAAAUGUGUGAGGAAUCCAAAAUGGGUGGUUUGUGUUCCAGCAGGAGCUGAGGGUGCAAGGCCACUUUCACUGUCCUUAAUUGGCACCACGUGUCCCCCAGAGCAGGGAGGGGAGUCACAGCCUGGUGGAGACCUGGGGGGUGUUCCAGCAUUUGGGGCAUGCACUGCUGUGUGUUUGGGGCUGUUGAACAAGGGCAAAGCUGGGACUGGAAAUUCCCUGUCCAGUUUCACCUUUCUGUAGGUGUGUGUGCACAUCAACAUAUCACUUUCCCCAUCUUGACCUUCUGAUAGGCCAAUGACCCUUUUUUUGCCAUCAGUUCUUCAUUUAGAUAAUGAAUAUUUGGGGAUUACCAGUAACUGCAAAAAUGAUUGUACCAGUUAAUGGUGUGUGCAACAGAGCCUUUUUCACCCUGGUAAUUCACAGUCUAAAAUAUGUGUUGGGAAGGAGAGUAUCAUGUUUUGCAAGUUUAAAAAUAUUUGUCUGGAAACUCCCAGAACUGAGCUUUAAUUCUUCUAAGGGUCUGGGUCUGAAAACUGAAAGAAUAAACCCUGGUGUUGUUUAAAACCAACAGCAGUUUUGUUUAAACUGAGAUGCUAAACUUUCCUUCCUGGGCACGGAGGGCAGGGCAAGGGUUGAAACAUGGAUGCAAGUCAGUGCACUGAAGUGAAAUAAUAAGAAUUAAAAUAUGUCAGAAUAGGUGCUCUUGCUGCUCUAAAGCUUAAGCAGAGUUUUACCAGGCCUGACCUCAUGGUAGGGCUUUAAAUAUGUGCAGAGUGAAGAAACAAUCAGGCCAAAUUAAUUCAUCUUUGGCCUGGAGCUGGUUUUACACCCUAUAGGAGUUAGAAUCAUUCAAAGCCUGCAUGGACUGUAAACAUAAGUUUGAUAAAAGUGAAUAAAAAAAUCAGGGCAAGUGUUUUAUCACUGACAGCAUUACCCAGGUAUCUCCAGCACUGAACAGUCCUGCAGGGAUGGACAAAACAUGGUCUGAGCCCAAGGUUUCCUGAAGGAAAGAGACUUCAGCUCCUGCUGCUCCUGUGGUAUCUUAGUGGAGAGGCAGAAAUUAUUUGGUAAAGCAAAUUCUUACACAAGUCAGUGUUUUUAAAAGGAGGGGUCAUGCAGGGGAGCGUGGCUGGGAGGGCAGAGAUGUGAUGGUGAUGAUGAUGGCCUGGUGGGCAGAGAUGUGAUGGUGAGGGCUUGGUGAUGAUGAUGAUGAUGAGGAGGUUUCAGGAUGCUGUGGGAUUCCUGCAGUUCUUGUUGAGAGAUUUUUCUCACAUGCACUUCACAUCCAGUUGAGUCACAAAUGCAGUUAAGCAAUAAAUGAGACUGUGAUUCAAGUUUUCCUUUGCUUAUCUUUUAAAUCUAUCUCCAAAGGUGAAUUAGAUUCCAGGUUUCAGUGCUUUUAACAUCAGGUAAUGGAAACAGGGAUCUCUGUGUGGGAUCAUAAACUCAUUUGGGUUGGAAAAGCUCUCCAGGAUUAAUGAGUCCAACCCAGCACUGCCAUGUUUACCCCUAAACCAAGCCCCUAAAACGUGUAGUGUGUGGUUUCUCCUGGAAAGUAUUAAAAUCACAGGUGUGCUGAGGAUGUGCAGGAUGUCCAGCUGUGCUGGGGGUGCAGUGCAGCCCAUCAGAGAACCUGACCCUCACUUUUUGAACAGAUGGGGAUCUGUGCAGUUCCUCCUCUCCAAGUACAGCCCCAGCAAGGGGUGGUGGAGUGGCCAGAGGAGCUGAGGCUGGGGCUGAUGGUCUGGGGACAGCUGCUGGGCACAGCCCCGGCCCCAGGAGGGACCUGCAGGCUCCUGUGUGCAGUGCAGGAAGUGAUGCUGGCAAUGAAAGUGCAGAGCAGUGACUUGGGGAGCUCUGCAGUGGGGCCUGAAGGAUUAAACUCCACAUUUCUGACUGCACCAGCUGCUGCUCCUGCUCCACUUGGCACUUGUUUCCCCUCAGGCUGUGCACAAUUGCAGAGGGGUCUCAAAACUUUGUUUCUCAGUCAGAGCGGUUUUAUUGCCACUGGUUCCUUGGGUUUUACAUAAGAGUGUGUUUGUUACAGCUCCUGCACUUUCCAACUAGGUCAGUAAAAGUGUCCUUGUCCCUAUUUUCUUGAACAAUCAGCUCCCUAAAGCCAGACAGUCUGAUAGCAGUUUGUGAUUAAUGCUUCCAGCAAUUAUAAAGUGGAAGAUCUUAAAUUACAUUUGUUAACUAAGACCAGUACAUGAAACAUGAAGUGACUUUGUCUUCCUUGUUGCAGAUCCAUAACAUGGUGGCAGUGCUGGAAGUGAUCUCCAGCCUGGAGAAAUAUCCCAUUACCAAAGAGGCACUUGAGGAAACCAGACUCGGGAGGCUUAUCAAUGAGGUGAGGAAGAAGACAUCCAAUGAGGAACUUGCCAAACGUGCCAAGAAAUUGUUGCGGAAUUGGCAGAAGUUGAUAGAACCCGUGACCCAGAACGAGCCAGUGCCAAGGGGGCUGCCCAACCCGCCAGGAUCAGCGAAUGGAGGUGCUCACAACUGCAAACCAGACUCACAACUUCCUGCUGUGGCCGGCACCAAGCCCAUCAGCGAACUGAAAAGCAGGAAUGAUAUCCAGAAACUAAAUUCUCCAAAACCAGAGAAACUGGGAAAUAGGAAAAGGAAAGGUGAUCACAGGGAUGGGCAUCAGGGCCCUCCUCCCCCAAAAGUCUCCAAAGCUAGUCAUGAAGUAUUACAAAACUCUUCACCCCCUCCAACCAAUGGAAUUGGAGGUAGUCCUGAGAAUUUUCCUAGUCCUGUAGACAUAAACCUACACGCAGGGCCCGAAAGCAGCAGGACAGAUCUCAGUGAAAACGAUAAACACAAUAAGAUCCCAGUAAAUGCUGUAAAACCUCACACCAGUUCUCCAGGACUUGUAAAACCUUCAAGCACUUCCUCGUUACUAAAGACUGCAGUGCUUCAGCAGCAUGAUAAAUCAGAAGAAGCCACGGGCCCCCACCAGCCCAAGAGCCCACGCUGCUCCUCCUUUAGCCCCAGGAACGUUAGGCAUGAUACUUUUGCUCGGCAGCACACCACGUAUUCACCAAAGGAUUCGAUGCCCAGUCCAUCUCAAAGGUCUCAGUUGGCAGACGCCGCACAGGUGCCAUCGCCGCCGCCAUCCCUGAUGCAACCAUCCACACCUCCCAUGCCAGCCAAGAGACUGGAGUUCCCUCCUCAGGCGGCCCCCGAGGCGGCUCAGCACUGGCAGGAGCAGCAGGGAGCCCCCGAGGGCCAGCACAGGCACACAGCAGGGACACUUCAGCAGCACACGGCUCCCGGCUGCAAAGCCCACCCCGGGGAAUCACACAUGGGCUUCCCACAGGACACUUCCAGAAUGGACAGUGACGAUGCUGCUUCAGGGUCCGAUAGCAAAAAGAAGAAAAGGUACCGACCCAGAGACUACACAGUCAACUUGGAUGGGCACGUGACAGAAGGGGGUGUGAAACCUGUGAGGUUAAAAGAGAGAAAACUCACUUUUGAUCCCAUGACAGGACAGAUAAAACCUUUAACACCGAAAGAUCCUUUGCAGGUAGAAAUCCCUGCACUUACCGAACAGCACAGGACAGAAACAGAAAAGCAGGAGCAAAAACCCAACCUGCAAAGCCCCUUUGAACAAACGAACUGGAAAGAGUUGUCCAGAAAUGAAAUCAUUCAGUCAUAUUUAAACAGACAGAGUAGCUUGCUGUCUUCAUCAGGAGUACAGACUCCAGGAGCUCACUACUUCAUGUCUGAGUAUUUAAAGCAGGAGGAAAGCACUAGAAAAGAGGCUAGAAAGACUCACGUUCUAGCUCCUAACAGCAAACCUACAGACUUGCCUGGGGUCACCAGAGAGGUCACGGGUGAUGACCUCGACAGAAUACGUGACCACAACUGGGCAGGCGUGAACGGUUGUUAUGACACACAGGGUAACUGGUAUGAUUGGACACAGUGCAUAUCCUUAGAUCCACACGGGGAUGAUGGGAGAUUGAACAUCCUGCCUUACGUCUGCCUAGACUGAGAGCAGUUCUGCUAAGCACGCUUUUUACACCUGCAGUUAGCAGAACUGGCAGACACGAUGCCACUUCCAGCUGGAGAGAGCCUCCUGUCCUGGACAAACAGGCCCCACGAGCAGAGGGGGGGAGGGAGCUGGGCCUUUCCAGCUCGUUCCUUUAAAUUCUCCUUUUGUGAAAUGCUGCUACCAGUUUACUAACAAUUGCAAAGGAAGGCAUACGAAGGUUGAUCAGUUGAGUUCAAAACUCUAUAGCAAGCCAGCUAUAAAAAGUGUUAGUCCCCAAGAAGUGAAGAGGAUUUCCAGCACUUUCUGAAUGCCGGAAUCUUAAUACAGGCAGGUACAGAGAAAAAAUUGUGGAAGUUACCUUAACAAAAUAUGCAUCUAUUUAUUUGACUUGAUUUGGGUUUUUAUUUGGCAGUGAGAUAUUCGAGAGACAAUGUGCAAAAACUGUAGUUUUAUUUCUAUCACAUCUCUGAACAUGAUUGCGUUAUUUAAGAGUCAUGUGGUACGGAGAUUGGGUUUUAAACAGCAGGUGUUGCACUGCAGGCUGGGCCACCAGCUUCAGCUCAACAUUCCAUAGGCAUCCACAUAUUUUAGUCUGGUUUCAGUUUAAAUCCAGUCUCUGAGAAAUGCUGCAAAAACUAGAUGUUUAAUGAUAUUUUUUUGAUCCCACCACCACCAGCCAAAUAUUUUUCCUCCUUUUCCCUUCCUGCAAACUUAUAGGUAAAAAACAAAAAGACAAAAAAAACAAAAAGACAAAAAAAAAAACAGACAAAAAAAAAAAAGAAAAAUCACCUUUUCUAGAAUCUAAAUGUAAUGAGGGUGCUACAAGUUUGUAACUGUACUGUGAGAGGGAAAAAGGAAGCCUGUUUGUAUGCUGGAAAUAUACUUGUUACCAUUCCUUUAGAUAUUGUUUGCCUUAUGGAUAUCCAUCAUAAACGCAAUUUGCAAAAACAAAGAGCCUUAGUGAAUGUACAGUAACUAGACUUCUGUGUUCCUGGGAUGCAGAAGGGAGCAACUUUGCUAUUUGGUCCUUUAAGUGGACACGUUGUGAUAUAAAUGUGGAAAUAAAAAAAAUUUGCACAAAC